UUGCAACCCUGCGCUUUGCCGUUCACGUAAGACGCCGUCACUUUGACAGCUGCUCUUUUCUGUUCUUUUCCGGUAUCAACGUUCGCAAUGGGUCGCGUCAGAACCAAGACUAUCAAGAAGGCCGCUAAGGUCAUUAUUGAGAAGUACUACACUCGCUUGACGAUGGACUUCCAUACCAACAAGCGUAUCUGCGAGGAGGUCGCUAUCAUUCCCACCAAGCCCCUCCGCAACAAGAUUGCCGGUUAUGUUACCCACUUGAUGGGUCGUCUGCGUCACUCUCAGGUGCGUGGUAUUUCCAUCAAACUGCAGGAGGAGGAGCGUGAGCGUCGUGAUAACUACGUGCCCGCUGUCUCGGCUCUGGAACAAGACAUCAUCGAGGUCGAUGCUGAUACCAAGGAGAUGUUGAAGCUGCUGGACUUCCACAACAUUCGUGGCCUGCAACUGACCCAGCCCAACACCAACAACUUUGGACGUCGCAAUUAAGUUUUUUUUAGAGCUAUACAGACAGUUUGCUUUGCAUGGUAACUACAAUAAACAUCGUAUGUGAAAUGCAUUAAUAGAAAA